GUAUUAAUAUCAACUUAUGAAAAUAGCAAUGCUACUUGCUCAGAAAUAAGUAAUACAAUAUUUAAUUCUCAUGCAUCUUGUUAUACUAAUUCUGGUAUAUGCUUUCUUCUAAUGGCUGAUUGGAUUGUCAUAUUCAAAACUAUCAAUCUCAAAAAUAUAUUCGGAAGCAA